UGCUCAUUUCACAGAAGAAAUAUUUUGCUUUUCGGAAGAAGAGCCCAACAAAGCGGCCCUGCUUAUUUUCAACCAGAAAAGUGACAAAAAUAAUAUUAUUGCGAACCGAAGAUGUACGCCAGGACAAACGCGGGCAGCACACAUGGGGACUUUCAGGACAGAAACGGAGUGAACUACGUUUCGUCGACAGAGUCUUUCGGCCACUGCUCUCAAUUGUUCUGGAAAAAGGACCCGAACGAUUCCGGACCGAGUUCUGCCAUCAGCUGGUGCGACCAGCUGCCUCCGUCCUCUGCUGCCCUCUCCAGCUCCAGUCUCUCCUCCACGUCGCUCUCCAGCUCCAGUCUCUCCAUGGAGUCCAGAGCACCGGCGCCUCCUCCCCCGCCGCCGCCGACCACGACGGCCUCCGACGACACGGAGUCAGACGAGAGGCCGUACGUCUGCGACCUGUGCAGCUGCGCCUACAAGCACGCUAGCUCGCUCCUCAACCACAAGCUCACCCACAAGACGGGAGACUUCAAAUGCGACUUCUGCAGCAAGCCCUACACCAACUACAUGUCCCUACGCAACCACAUGCGAAUCCACGGUCAGAAACGCUACAUGUGCGACCUCUGCGGGAAGGCCUUCCGCCUGGCGCGGUACCUAAGGAACCAUCAGAGGAUACACGACGACGGGCCCAACCGCUUCGACUGUCCGUCCUGCUGCAAAAGCUACAGGACCAUGCUGGAGCUGGCGCAGCACCGCUGCAGCGCCGCCGCCUCCAACCAGACUGGCGGUCGUCGAUCCAAUUUCUCUGCGACUCCGCGCCGUCAGCAGCAGCAGCAGAACAAUGCUAACUCGAUGAUGCAGGCGCAGCAUGGAGGACACGCCCAGCAGGAACCGCUACCCUCCCACUGCGUGGCAGCCAUGGCCCAGGGCGGGCAGGGGGGCGCUGUGGCUGGGCAGCCAGUGCCGGACCCUCACCAGCAGGGCCGACCCAGCCCCGUGUCUUCUCAGAGCGGCCAGCAGAGUAUGAGGAGCUCAUCGACCAACAAACACGUCCCGCCCCCUAAUGCCGCCCCGUCCUCCUCCUACUCCCUGCUGCAGCCCCUGGUGCCUGAGGUAAAGGAGAUGAACUCGGGAUACACUAGACUGAGCGCCAACCCCAUGAAGCACCAGGACACUUUCUCCUUGGCCCCCCAGCGGCCGCUCCCCACCAUCAACCCCAUAGGCCACUCUCUACAUCCGAACGGAGGGCCGUCGCUCAAGCCCUCCCCCGUGCCACGGACCAUCCAGGCCAUGCCCUGGGAGCAGCGCUCCCUCUACAAUCAGUGAGCUCCUCCUCGCCAACAACGCAGCCUCUUCUUCCACCCUGCCCCUCCCACACCCACACAUGAGGAUGGAGGACCCCUGAAUGCCCCCCCAACCCCCCCCUCAGCUUUCUGGACCUCUCCUUGGGAAUGCCGUGUGUGGGAAUGGGGGAGGGGCCCCGUUGAGAACUAGUUGAGAUUGAUUUCUAAGUAGUUAGGUUGAAAACAAUGUGUUGCCUUGACCCUCAUGUAUGAUCUAUGCCAUGUACUGGAUAUAAGUUAAAAUGUCUUUACCCCCCCGCCCCACCCCCCCAUCCUGAUGACAAUUUAUCUCCCCUUCCUCUUUUUCCCCCAUAGUUAUGAAAAUAUCUAUCCUUCCCGUUAUGAAUAGUGCUCCCAAACCCUUUUUCCUUUUGUUGAAUGAGGUAGAACGUUUUCUUUUGUAUCAGGAGCCAAUCCCAAAUCCAGAACAAGAACCAAGUGGUUGUAAAAUGUUACAGAUUUCUUCCAGUGCGUCUGUGUUUUUGAUAAAUGCAGAUCCUGGACAGUAAGGAAGGCGAAAGCGGUGUUCCUCUGGCGUGCUGGAGAGCGGCCGCCGUGUAUAUUGUGCAUCAGGAAUCCCGUCAUGUCAAAGCACUGGGACCACAGCUAAAGGGGGCCACGUCCUCGCUGGGCGUUACGACGCGUCUAUGAUUCAAACUGACUGUUACAGAGUUUAGCUACAGAGAUGUACUGCUGCUCCAUCGGCCCUGAUCCUCAGCCAGGGACCCCCGACCAGAGCGGACCGGACUGAGCUCAGCCGCGCGGCCAAAGCCCGGCCUUCAGCUUCAAACCUAGUCUCUGUAUUUAUAAAAAAAAA